UCGUGAAAGACUUUGGAUCAACCCGAGUGGUACUCCCAGUUUCGCGUCCCCAUCGUGGAAUCCUUAUCAGAUUUCCCUGCAGUCGGCUCCGCAAAAGUCGACCAGUUAUCCCUAUCGUAUCCACAGCAGCGCGAUCACUUUCGGCGUUUGGUCGAACCCAUCCCGAGGAUGAUGGAAUACGCGCAAUACCAGCAACAACCGCAAAACGCACAUUCUCAACCGCACAUUCAGACGGGAUACCCUACCUCAGCAGCCGGCAACAACAUUACAUCACCAUCCACUCAACACUUGUCCCAGACUUCACCCAUACUUCCGUCGCAGCAGCAUCAGCCUUCACCGACACAACCGCACAAUAUGUACCAGCCACAGUACACAGUGGCACAGCAACCCAUGCAUUAUGGCAUGCCCGGGAUCCAGGCUGCGGCCAUGGCCGCCACUGCUGCCGCCUCCGGGUCUUCGUAUCCUUACAUGCCGUCUGACCCCAGCCUGCAGCAAUCCCCGAGGAUGUCGGGUGUCGGCGCAAAGAAGGACAACAGGGCCGGGCCGCGAUCGCCGCAGCAAAUGAACAACAUUCCCCAGCAGCGGCGGCUCAGCCAAGUCGCCAGCCCCGGUGUCCCGAACGGGUCGACCAUGUUGAACCACGGGGGGCCCCGCUCGGCAGUUCCCCCUCAGAUGACAGCGGCACAGCAAAUGCCACCACCGCAGUCUCCCGAGAUGGCCUCCGGAGCGGUAGAAGAGUCGCCUCUCUACGUGAACGCCAAGCAGUUUCACCGGAUCCUGAAGCGCAGGGUUGCUCGGCAAAGGUUGGAGGAGGCGCUUCGGCUGACUAGCAAGGGUCGUAAGCCAUACCUGCACGAGUCGAGGCACAACCAUGCCAUGCGCCGACCUCGCGGGCCCGGCGGGCGCUUCCUAACGGCCGAGGAGGUUGCGCAGAUGGAAAGAGAGAAGGCGGCAGCGGCGGCGGCCGCCAACAAUUCGGCAGAGAAGACCGAGGGAUCGGAGCAGCCUGCCAGCGCGAAGACUGCGACGGGGGCGACAAAGCGCAAGUCAGAGAGCGAUGCGUCGGACUCGCCGUCCAAGAAGAACAAGCAAGAGUCUUCAACGCCCGAGGGCGAAGAGGAAGGGGACGAAUAACGACAGAUGGCCGAGUACGAUGGAUAAUAUGCGGCUGUGCCCCAUACCCGUUUUCAUAUAAGACACGUCAUGAAGUUACGACAACCCACCCUACUCUUUUUCUAACUACUAUUGGAAAAACGCGCGCGAGGAGCGAAAUAUGUCGGGCGAGAGAAGUAUGGGGAGCGGGCGAGAUGAUUGUGUUUUCCA